AUGGGGCUGGUCAACCAUACUGUGGUGACUCAUUUCAUCCUCUUAGGGAUCCCUGAUGCCAAUGGCCUCCAGACCAUCCUCUUCCUCACAUUCUUAGCUUUCUCCCUCUGCACGCUACUGGGCAACCUGAUCAUCUUCUCAGCCAUCCCCGCUGACCCCUGCUUGCACACCCCCAUGUAUUUCUUCCUCUGCAAUCACUCCAUGCUGGACAUUGGUUUUUCCUCCAUCAGUACUCCCAAAAUGCUGACCAACCUCUGGUUUCAGUGCAGAGUCAUCUCUCUGGGCAAGUGCAUGUUCCAGGUCUUCUUCUACCACUUCCUGGGCAGCACCGAGUGCCUGCUCUACACUGUCAUGGCCUAUGACCGGUACGUGGCCAUCUGCCAUCCGCUGCGCUACCAGCUCAUCAUGAACCGGAGGGUGUGCGCCCUCCUGGCCGCCGGCACCUGGAUCACCACCUCCUUCCAUGCCACCAUCCUCACCAGCCUGACCUUCACGCUGCCUUACUGCGGGUCCAAGGUGGUGGACUAUUUUUUCUGUGAGAUCUUCCCGGUGGUCAAGCUGGCCUGUGCAGACACGUACGUCAUUGAGACCAUGACCGUAACCAAUACUGGGGUGGUGCGCAUAACUUGCUUCCAUCUCGUCCUCGCUUCCUACAUCUGCAUCAUGUACUCCGUCCUGAAGAUGAACUCAGCCAAAGGGCAGCACAAAGCGGACUCCACUUGUGCCUCGCAUCCGGCAGUGGUGAUGCUGUUUUUUGGUCCCUGUGCCCUGAUCUACACUCAGCCCCAGCGGAGCAAAGUGCUGGUGGCUGCUGUGCCAAUCUUCGGCAACGUGGUCACACCCAUGCUGAACCCAGCCAUCUACACGCUGAGGAACAAGGAGGUGAAAGUGGCUCUGAGAAAUCUGAGAGGGGGUCAAACACCUGAACACUGA